CUCGCUAAUCUUUCGUCUACCUAUUGGUCGCACUACGCAAAUUAAAGUAAAUAAAUUGUAGAUCACAUUUCUAUAUAUUUCAUAUGCUUUCGCUUGGCAAUAUGCCAUCUCGGAUCAAACUGAGAAACGAAGAAACAUCAUUCAGAUUUGCAUUUGGCGCGUGUUUCUAUAGCUGUGAAUGGAAAAUGUUGAGAAAUUCUCAAGAGCAUUUUCGAGUGUUUGAGAGAGAGAGAGAGAGAGAGAGAGAGAGAGAGGAAGGCACUGCACAGCAGCAGAUCUUCAGUCUGGCCAAGGAAUAGCAGCGGCGCAGACAACGCCACGUCGGAGAGCGCUCGUAAAUUGGACAAAAAAAGGAAUCAUUUACAGAGCUUAUUGAAAAAGCAAUUUGCUAGAUUAGUUGGAAUCGCAUCGUGUAAAUUCUUGCGAGCGUGUUUGACGGCAUGUUCCGAGUGUCGCAGGAGAUUCGCUUGAAUUCGAGCGCAGCGGGCGCCGCGGGGCAGGCCCAGGGGCUGGCCGAUGUCGGCGAUGUCAGCAGCAGUGCGGAGAGUUGUUGUAUUUUCGGUCGAUACCAGCGCACGCCCGAUGCGGAUGCGUAUCCCACAGAGCCGCCACAUGUCUAUGUAGCGCCCGAGCUGACCGACGCGGGCAAGGUGCAGUUGCUGCAUUUGCCCAGCGGCGCGGUGCGCGUCAAUUCCACGAUUAGCUUCGUCAUCAAGCGCAAUGGGGUGAAGGGCAAUUUCGAUGUGCGCCUCGAGACACCCAGCGGACAGCACGGAGCGCCACUGCAGCUGACGCAGCUGGAUCCGGAACGCUUUCAGGUGGAAUGUCAGCUGACGCAGGCGGGCCUCUAUAAGGUGCACAUCAAGUGCAAUUCCGUGCCACUGCCCAAGUCGCCCUACAUUAUAGUCACCAUAGCUGGAGCGGCGACACCAAUUGAGGAUGGGAACGAACAUGCCGCCAGCAAUCCAUCUAGUGAGUGUCCCAUAUAUUCCAGUGUUCACAUUUCUAAUGUAUGCUAUGCAGUGCCCCACUUCGAAUCCGAUGCCAGCAAAGUUCAGAGUCGCGGCCUGGGUCUGACCCAUGUCAAUCUGCUCGAGCGGAACGAGUUCACGGUGGAUGCCAGCUCUGCCGGCAGUAAUAUGCUCUUUGUGGGUAUACUGGGACCGCAGGGACCAUGUGAUGAGGUGCUGGUCAAGCAUCUGGGCCGGCAUGUAUACCGUGUCGCGUACCAGGUGAGGGAUCCGGGCGACUACACUCUGGUGGUCAAGUGGGGUGAACAACACAUUCCAGGAUCACCUUUUAGCCUCUGUGCCGAGUAACUGGAAGCACGUACAGCAGGCUGGGAACUGAUCCGGUUCUAGCUCGGCAGUUAUUUCUGGGUGACAUUUUGGCUAGGUAUACAUUGUAGUGUUUACAUACAUUCAUAUUAUAUUUUUUGCAUUAAAUAUAUUAUUUCUUAAAUUUAAAAAAUAAUUCAACCCUAAUCAAAUUAAUUGUUGUAAUUACAACUUUAUCCAAUCCAUUAGCUUCAUUGAUGACGAACUCCGCUGACGAACGAAAUCGUUCGCUCGCAACAUGAACCGAACCAUUGACAGCUCUUUGUUUUUGCGUUGAGUUGCCAUUCAAAAUACUAUGUCAAUGGCUCAUCCACCAGUUGCCUGUUGCGGUAAGCGUACUCCGCGGCUAAAGUUCAUUCUAUGUGCAAUCUAAUGAUGAUU